CCCCCCACCGCUACUUCUACGUGGCUGGCGAAGAAAAAGGAGUCAAGCAAGCCAACAGUGGACGCCGCAGCCUCUCUAUUUAACGCCGUCCGCGUCACCACCACCUUCCCACUGGUCGUCAGAGCAACGAGGAGAAGAUUCACCUGAAUCUUUCCUUUGGUUUGCACCCCAUCUCUCCCCUCUUUAAUGCCUUCUUCAAAUGCCUUGCAUGCCUGUUAUUCCCUAAUGAUUUGGCCGCCACGCAGCAGCAGCAGCGGUGGAGAGUUGGUGCGUGGUGUCGGAAUGCAGCCUGUUGCGACCGGUGAGAUGGUGCAUGAGACGAGGACGGCGGGGGAGACGCGAGCCGUGCGGAGCCACAGCGAGGCGGAGCGGCGGCGGAGGCAGCGGAUCAACGGCCACCUCGCCACCCUCAGGAGCCUGCUCCCCGCGGCCACCAGGUUGGAUAAGGCGGCGCUGCUGGGGGAGGUGGUGAGGCAGGUGCGGGAGCUGAGGGUGAGGGUGGAGGAGGUGGCGGUGAUGGUGCCCGGGGAGGGGGACGAGGUCGGGGUGGAGGAGGAGGAGGAGGAGGGGGGAGGAGGAGGAGGCAGGGGGAGGGUGGUCCGGGCGUGGGUGUGCUGCGCGGACCGGCCCGGUCUAAUGGGGGAACUGAGCCGGGCGGUCCGCUCGGUCCGGGCGAGGGCGGUCCGGGCGGAGAUGGUCACGGUAGGCGGGCGGACGCGGAGCCUACUGGAGUUAGAGGUCAGCGAGGCGGCGGAGAGAGGGGAGGGCCGGUCAGCGCUGCAGGCGGCGCUCUGGGCGGUGCUGCUCACGAACCGGACCGCUCCGGCGGAGAACUACAGUAAGCGGGCUCGCACCUCGACCCGGUUUAGCAAGACAUAGUUUCCAUAUAUUACGAAAAUGUCCUUCACGUCUCCCUCCUGCUUCCCGUAAACACAGUACAAUCUGUCGCUUUAUGUUCGCUUCUUCCUCUUUUUCUGUUAUUGUCAAUCCCAAUGUUAUUGUCACAUUAAAACAGGACAACAUCUGAGAACACUCUAAACACUUCACCAGUAUCAAACA